AUGGGUCGUUCAUUGCAGGUAGGCGCCGGUGUUGGUCGGACGGGCACAUUCAUCGCCAUGGACAUACUUAUAGACGAGGGUCAGACAAGACAGACUGUCGAUAUCUACGCCUGUGUGACCAAGUUGAGAAGGCAGCGAGUUAACAUGGUUCAAACAGCGGGCCAAUAUAAAUACUUACACAGACUGAUGGUGGAAUACCUGACUCUUCGCAGUCAGUUCGUGUCCAACAAUGAGUUUGCCAAUUACCAAAACGCCCUUUUCCAAGUCGACCAAAAGCUGAACAAAACCGGACUGUUUUUACAAUAUGAGACAGAGGCAUCCUAUCACACACUGGAGCUUUCUGGGGUCAACAACACAGGUGACGAAGGAGAUCCUUAUUCCGUUGCUAUCAUGCCUGAAAACGCGAAGAAAAACAGAAUCGAUGCUAUACUACCGAAGCUUUCGUACCAAGAAGUCUACGUUCUACUCGACAACAGACUUCGCACCAUUCUCGACUUUCCAAUAGACCAGAAUGCCGUGAAAACCGAUGACUUCCGGUUGUAA